AUGUCGAGUGACCGUUCGUCCUCAAGAAGUCUUGCUCGGGAUCAUGAAAAUGGAUCACCUGAUGAGGACUUACCAUUUGAAGAUGAGUCGGCUGCCAUCCUUGGUGAUGAAGAUGAUGUCCAGGAGGAAUCUGAAGGUGAAGACCUUUUUCGCGAUGACAUGGAAAGAGACUAUCGACCAAUUCCUGAGCUCGAUGUCUAUGAGCCUGAGGGUUUGGCUAGCACAGAUGACUACUCAAGCAUGUCACCAACAGCCCGGGCUGAGGCUGAACGUGCUAUGCGAGAUCGGGAUCGCGCUGAAGCACUGGCCACAGGAGUUCUUCGUCGUGGCUUAGUUGCUGACUUGUACGGUGUUGACGAGGAGGAAGAAAUUCCAGCUAGGCGUCGUCGUCUUGCCGAACGAGUUGCCUCUGGUCUUGACCUGGAGCCUUCUGGUGAUUAUGAGGAAGCUCUGGAAAGCAUCGAAAAUCUAGAGGAUAUGCAUGGGAUGGCUGUCAAUGAGUGGGUCCAGCAACCAGCUACGCGACAGGAAAUAAAAAAUCGGUUUAAAUCGUUCUUACGCACCUUUCUUGAUGAACACGGCGUUAAUGUAUACGCUGAGCGCAUCGUUCAAAUGGCUCGUGAAAACAGACAGUGCCUCUCCGUGGAUUAUCAGCAUUUGGCUGCAGCGGAACAGGUACUCGCUUACUUCCUGCCUGAAGCGCCUUUCCACGUGUUGGAGAUAUUUAAUGAAGGUGCUUUGGAAGUGACUCUUGCCAGGUACCCGCGAUACGACAGAAUAAGCAGUCAUGUCAAUGUCCGCAUUGUUGAUCUUCCGUUAAUCGAGGAUCUGAGGAGUCUUCGCCACCUUCAUUUAAACCAGCUGGUGCGUACUAGCGGAGUCGUAACCAGUGCAAGCAGUGUUAUGCCACAACUCAGUGUAGUACGAUAUAACUGUGUGAAGUGUUCUUGUGUCAUCGGUCCAUUUGUGCAAAACCAACUUUCAAAUGAGGUUAAACCCACUCUCUGUUCAGAGUGUCAGUCAACUGGGCCUUUUGAAAUCAAUCUCGAAAAGACUGUUUACAAAAACUAUCAAAGGAUAACUAUUCAAGAAAGUCCUGGUAAGGUACCUCCCGGAAGACUUCCGCGCUCCAAAGAUGCCAUCCUUCUUGGCGAUUUGGUUGACAGCUGUAAACCUGGUGACGAAGUUGAGCUCACUGGCAUUUAUACGAACAACUAUAGCGGCUCAUUAAACGUACAAACAGGCUUUCCUGUGUUUUCUACCGUUAUUCACGCCAACAACGUCAUCCGCAAGGAGGACAAACUUGUGCUCGGAAGUCUCACCGACGAGGACGUGAAGACCAUCACAAAGUUGUCUCGAGAUGAGAGAAUUGCUGAGCGCAUUUUUGCCUCCAUUGCACCGAGCAUCUACGGUCACGAUGACAUAAAGCGGGGUAUUGCACUCGCCCUCUUCGGUGGUGAGGCUAAGAAUCCUGGUGAAAAGCACAAGAUUCGUGGCGAUAUUAACGUCCUCCUUUGCGGUGAUCCUGGUACUGCGAAAUCUCAGUUUCUCAAGUGUGUGGAGCAGCUUGCUCCGCGGUGUGUCUUUACCACCGGUCAGGGGGCCAGUGCCGUUGGGUUAACCGCCUAUGUGACUCGGAAUCCUACAUCGAAGGAGUGGACCCUCGAGGCUGGGGCUCUGGUUCUCUCUGAUAGAGGUGUUUGUCUUAUUGACGAGUUUGAUAAAAUGAAUGACCAAGAUCGAACAUCCAUUCACGAGGCGAUGGAGCAGCAAAGCAUCUCCAUUAGCAAAGCAGGCAUUGUUACGAGUCUCCAAGCUCGGUGUUCCGUCAUUGCAGCCGCUAACCCCAUCGGGGGACGCUACGACCCGAGUCUGACAUUCGCUGAUAACGUGGAUCUGAGCGAGCCCAUUUUGAGUCGUUUCGACGUGUUAUGUGUUGUUCGGGACACCGUGGACUCAGUACAAGAUGAGAUGCUGGCCAAGUUUGUGGUGGGCAGUCACAUGCGGCAUCAUCCUAACCUGAGUCUCGAGGAGUCCGAAACACUAGUAACUCAGCUCGCUGGCUUGGGAGCGACAAUGGGAAGUGUCGACGGUAAUGUCGGUGAUCGUGAGCCCCUGCGGCAGGAUCUGCUGAAGAAGUACAUAAUGUAUGCGAAGGAUCGAGUGCAUCCGAAGUUGAAUCAGAUGGACCAGGAUAAAGUAGCGAAGGCCUACGCUGAUCUGCGUCGGGAGUCGAUGGCUACAGGCAGCAUUCCCAUCACUGUGCGUCAUAUUGAGUCGGUUGUACGCCUCUCUGAGGCUCAUGCGCGCAUGCACCUUCGGGAGUAUGUGAACGAGGACGAUGUAAAUAUGGCUCUACGCAUUGUUCUUGAGUCAUUUGUCUCGACGCAGAAGUAUGGCAUCAUGAAGACCAUGCGUCAGAAGUUUUCCCGUUUUCUGAGCUACCGUCGAGACAACCAAGAGUUGUUGUUGUUCCUGCUGAAGCAGUUAGUGCACGAGCACUCGGCAUUUGAACGUUCGCGUCACGCUGCUGCUGCGGGGGUAGCCGAGACAUCGUUACAGGUGGAGGUCUCGGAGCAGGAGCUCUUGGAUCGCGCACGCCAAGUUAACAUUCCUUCAGUGCGUGCCUUUAUAACCAGCGAGCUCUUCGUUGCCCAUCACUUCACCUACGACGCCGGGCGCAAGUUAAUUAUCCAUAACCUUUAG